AUGGCCGCCGUCUACCCAAGCACAGCAGCAAUCUACCUCUUCCGCAUCAGCGCAGCUCUCAACGCUAUCUCGGUGCCCGGCCACAUCGCCUUCGGCAAAGAGCACGUCGACCCGUCGCUGGAAACACUCUCCAAAGGCACGCGACAACAGCGCACCGCCGCCGCUGGCACCGCUAAUGGCUGGGACUACAUGAACGCCGGGUUCGCCACUCUAGCGGUCUACAACUACUACUGGUCCAUCACAGGCGGACCGAAGACCACGCCCGAGAAGACACUGUUCUGGUCCCUGCUGGCGGCAUCGCUCUGGGCGGCGAGACGGUAUGCCGCAGCGGGUGUCUAUUCUCCUUUGACCUCGGUGGCUGUUGCGCCGUUGUUGAGCUUGGCGGGCUGGUAUGCUGCUUGA